GUCUCUCCCGUUCCACUUUCUCCGGCUACAGCUCCGCAAGGCGAAUUGGAAGUGACUGCCGCUCCAGCGCCUCUUCCUCUGGUGCCUCCUCUUCUCUGGUGGCUGCGUGGCCACUGGAGAGAAAGGGAAACCGAGAGAUUUAGCCAUCUGGCGGUAUAGCUCCUUCUUUAGCUUAGAUCUAGGUAGGUAGCUUUGUAGUUCCCCAUGUGCGUGGUUCACUUCGCCUGGGGAUUUUGCAGUGCUGGCUUUGUCCUCUGGCAUGCCAUCUGGCGAGUGCCAGGGGCGAGCGAGGCGCGUCUAGCUCGGCUUCACCUCCGGCGGUGACAGGUUCUUCGGUAACGCUGGUGUCUUUGGCCUGAGCUUUGGUGUUCAUCUGCUUUUUUGCGAAAAGUCGCCGGUUCUUCCACCAGCGAUGGCGGAUCUGUGCUUCCCUAGUUCCUUUCUUCAUGGCGUGCGGGCGGCCGAUUCUCUUUCAACGAAAUCGAUGCGUUGUGGUGUUGCCCAGGCACUGGCUAUUGCGGCGAAUCCAAGGCUUGGAGCCCUGCGUCAUGGGGGAAGUCGAAGCUAUCCUGCUGGCGGUGCGAGUCGUCGAUGGCUAGGCCUGAGGAAGAAGACAUCGAGAAGCCGCUGGAAGCUGUGUGUGUGUGUUGUAUUUUUUCUUUUUCGAGAGGCUUUUCUAUAGGAGAGUGGGAAUGUACUGCGCUCUACCUGUAAUAUAAUUCCUUCUUUUCGUUAAAAAAAAUGACACUUGGUGCGAAUGCUACAUUCGCACCGGGUGUGGCUCUCAGCUCCCUAGAGGGUAUGGUUCGAACAGGGGAUUUUUCUUUUGGCACUUGAGUGGAGAAGAAUAUAUGUAGACCGAAAAGAUCUAGAUCGAUGUCUCUAUAAUGUGAGCCUUGCUUUAGUUAAGUAAAAUGUCACAAUUGCAUCACUUCACAAAACCAGAGUAUGCAGAAAUCUGCGCUCAUGUCGUUUUUUUUAUGAAUAAGCAUUCAUGUCAUUCAUGUCACCUUGAUGAAUUUGGAUCCAUGGAUGAGUUCCAAUUAAUGAUUUACGAAAACUUGUUCGUUCCUUGUGGCAGGUCUGUUACCAAAUGGCAACUUUGAGCAGGGCCCCGACGAGUCCCAGAUGAACGACACCAGGGUGAUGAGCCCAGACGCCAUACCGCACUGGGAGAUCUCAGGGUUCGUGGAGUACAUCGGGUCCGGGCAGCAGCAGGACGACAUGAUCCUGCCGGUACCGGAAGGGGCGCGCGCCGUGCGGCUGGGCAACGACGCCACCAUCCGGCAGCUGCUGAGCGUGACCCGGAAGAAGACCUACUCCAUCACCUUCUCCGCGGCGCGCACCUGCGCUCAGGCCGAGAAGCUCAACGUGUCCGUCGGCCCGGAGUCCGGCGUCCUCCCCAUCCAGACCGUGUACACCAGCAGCGGCUGGGACUCCUACUCCUACGCCUUCAGAGCCAGGCACAGCACCGUGUGGCUCUCCAUCCACAAUCCUGGCCACGAGGACGACCCGGCGUGCGGCCCCCUCAUCGACUUCAUCGCCAUCAAGACCCUCAGCCCUCCGCGCCGCGAAAAGGGUAACAUGUUGAAGAACGGUGACUUCGAGGAGGGCCCGUUCAUCUUCUCGGACACGCCGUGGGGCGCGCUGGUGCCGCCGAUGGAGGAGGACAAGGUGUCGCCGCUGCCGGGGUGGAUGGUGAUGUCGGACACGAAGGUGGUCAAGUACGUGGAUGCGGCGCACCACGCGGUGCCCCGCGGCGCGCGCGCCGUGGAGCUGGUGGCCGGCGGCGAGGCCGCGCUGCUGCAGGAGGUGCCGACCACGCCUGGGCGGUGGUACCGCCUGUCCUUCUCCGUCGGGGACGCGGGCAACGGCUGCGCCCAGGCCCUGGCCGUGAGGGCGUCCGCGGCGUCCUCGAGCCGGGUGGUGGCGCACGAGUCCCGGGGCACGGGCGGGUCCCGGCGCGGCGAGCUCGAGUUCGCGGCGGCCGCGGGCGUCACCCGCGUCGUGUUCCAGAGCAUGAACCACCACACUAAGCCCGACGGGACGCUCUGUGGGCCGGUCGUGGACGACGUCUCCCUCGUCGGCGUGAGCAGGCGCGCGGCGCGCCGGCUGUUCAUGUAGUUCCGUUCGCCGCGUGCCGCGCGGAAACUUUGGACCAGCUUUUGCCUGAUCAGCGGUUAAGGCUUAAGGUGCAUCCAUGGUCAGAAUCUGCUCUGGCAUCAUGGAACCCAUAUGAUCACCAUUUUCGACCUUUGGAAAUUUUGUUUGUCAGUAGUGAUUCUGGUAGAUUCACGGUUAGUGAACACUUGAGUUGCCGAUCGAGUUU